AUGCUUCGAACAAUCUUCGGGAAGAAAGAAGAGACCGUUGCAUCUUCAUCUUCGACAAUGGCGAGUUCGAUCUCCGUGGACGACUUCAAGGAGGCCUUGGGCCGAUAUCCUGAGGCUUUGAAGACUCAUGGCAAGACUCCAAAGGAUGGUUCAACUACCUUGGAAGAGCUCGACAAAUUCCGGUAUCAAACUGCGCCCAUGAAUUUCUCUAAGGCUACUGGGCGUGUUAUGGAGCUCUCGGAUGUUGAGAAGCUUGUUCAAUGGAAAAUCCACCACGGUGUCUUUCGCCCUACUCUACCAAAGCUCGUUGCUAGCAAUACGAACGACUCUGUCGCCGAUGCUACGAAAGACGCAUUCGCAGCUUACGCAAAGGACAAUAAGGAUAUUGCUACGGUUAUCUCAAAGCUCUCUGCUCUGAAGGGAAUUGGACCUGCCACAGCUUCGCUCUUGCUCGCUAUCCACGAUCCCCAAAACGUUGUAUUCUUCAGCGACGAGCUCUUCAGUUACCUGACUGCAGAUGGCAAGAAGAUAGAGCCGAAGUAUACCACAAAGGAGUUUGAAGCAAUCUUCGCAGAAGCCCAAACAGUCAUGUCGAGGUUGAAGUGUACCCCUAUUGAGCUGGAAAAGGUGGCCUACGUUUUGAUCAAGGAAAAGACUCCUGAGGUUAAGAAGUCUGGUCGUCCCGCUCUGCCCGAAAGUGAGAAGAAAGUCAAGCCCGUAUAUGUCCCAAGUGGUAAGCCUCGAGGUCGCCCUGCUAUGUCCGAGGCCGAAAAGAAGGCUCAGCAGUCAAGGAGAGAGGCGGAGAGAGCAAAGGCAGCGAAGGCAGUUACAAACCGCACACGGACAGGACGUAUUGUCAAGCCGGCUGCUCUGCUCAUCAACGAAUCCGGGACGACUACCAAGAAAACAAGAGUAAAGAGAACCGUUCAACCAGCUAGGAAGGCUACUACGGUCACUAACACUACAGCUGAAAAGAAGAGAGGGCGACCUGCUAAGGGGGAGAGAGUUGAGGAAACUAAGCCUAUUGCUGGAAAGAAGAGAGGUCGGCCUGCAAAGGGCGAAGGAGUUGAGGAAAGUAAGCCCAAGAUCAAGGCCACUGCUACAACAAAAGCCGGACGUCCUGCCAAGGCCCAGAAAUCUGCUGCUUCUGCUACCAAGAAAACAUCAGCAGCUAAGGCCAAGGAUGCUACUGCUCCGGCAAAGAAACGUGGCCGCCCCACGAAAGUCGAGACCGUCGAAGAAGUAAAGACGCCGAAGCAGCCCAGCCGUUCCGCUGCUGCUGAAGCUGCCGCCGCAACUCCAGCCAGCAAAAAGCGUGGACGUCCAUCUAUGGCUGCCGCAGAGGAGGACACCAAGACACCCGCGAGUAAGAAGAGGAAGACAACUGCUAGCCCAGCACCAGCUUCGUCUGCCAAACGCGGCAGUCGGACUCCAGCUUCUGCUGCUGCUUCAUCCGUCAAGCGCAGUGGUCGAAAGGCUAACGUGUAG